GUCUGUCUGUCAAUAAAAGAAGAUCCAAUCAGAUCAUUUAGCCUUGAAAAUGACUGAUGAGCAUGAUAAAUUGCUCCCAAUAGCAAACGUAGGACGGAUCAUGAAGCAAAUCCUCCCCCCGAGUGCCAAGAUUUCCAAAGAAGCCAAAGAAACAAUGCAAGAAUGUGCAUCGGAGUUCAUUUGCUUCGUGACCGGUGAAGCGUCCGACCGGUGCCACAAGGAGAACCGGAAGACGGUGAACGGAGACGACAUCUGCUGGGCUCUGAGUUCACUAGGAUUUGACCACUACUCGGAGGCCAUGUUAAGGUACUUGCAAAAGCUGAGGGAGUUUGAGAGACAAAGGGCUAACCAAAGUAAUUAUAAGCCCUCUAGCAGUACCGAAGAGAAGGAUGAAGCAACCAGCAGCGCCGCUUCAGCCCCAUCAUUCGAUUUCGAGAUUCUUGAGAGAGGAGGAAGAUCUUCACCCAAGCCCUGAUGAUCUAUGCGCACAGUCGAAGGACGACAAGAACAUAACUUGCAGUAAGAGACAGGAUCUCAACUCUGAAAAGAAAUUUUUAAGGUAACUUUUCAUGUGUAUUUGUAACUGAAAACCCUCUUGUUUACAUGAACUCUGGGAUCAAGAUAUGCCAUUUAGCUGUUACAGACAUCAAGUUGGAUCAAUUAGCACAUAUAAUUUCCGUUUAUAAGUCGUGUAAAGUACUCAGAUCACGGCCCGAUUUUCCAAUUGUUUUCACCAUUAAUAAGCACCCGUUUUCACUACCUUUCUGCUUCUGCUACUGCUACAGAUGUUAAUACGAGCUUAGAAAUUCUAUUAUC